AUGCCAACCAACAGACCGCUUCUCCUGCCUCAGAACCGCCGGCUUCGACACCUCCACGGCCUGUCACUGCGCAACCUGACCUUCACUAAGCCCCACGGCCGGACCACCGACGAUGCUGCCAUCAACAAGACGCACGGCAAGCUCGACACUCUUCGGGAGGCAUCCCAGCUGCAAUACUCCCAGUCGAGCGAGAACUUGAGCAGCGCAGCGACUCCGACAUCGCCUCCCAAACCCAGACCCCGCCGUCGUAGCACUAACCUCGGCAACGCAAACCCCCUCACGCGCCAGAAGCAACUCGAGCUAUCGGCCGAUACGAGGACUGCCGAUGUCUUCUUCUCUCUCCACACUUACCACACGUCAGAACCCUUUUAUAUAAGCGAGACGGGAAUACGGGCUACUAACUUCGACUUCCAAUCUUUUGAGCUGGCGGACCGUAGCCCCUCCAUCAUAAGAUCAUGUCAGCUGGUUAUUAGGGUUUGGGCAAAGCGCCAGGAGCCAUUUUUCCUUCUGCUCGAGGACGAUGUCGACCUCCGUUGCCUGAGCUUUGUUAAUAGCAUCAGCAAUAUCCACAUGCCCCCAAACUGCCUGGUGUUCCACCUCGUCGAUGGCAUGUACGUCUACGGCAUCCCGAGCAAGAUACCGCCGCCGAAGCAGGGCCCUUCCCUACUCACGACGUCAUACAACUCCCUGAUGAAGCUCUGUACACUUGAGAAUUCGGUGCGGGACGCGCAGGAUGCCGAGACAAAGCUGGCGCUGCGCGCCGAUCAAGCGAUAGAGGAGGCGUCCCAUAUCCCCGUCGCUGAGAGCGAGGACCGGCUGCGGCUAGCCAUGAAGCUUGUUGCGCAGCAGCACCGCGCCGUGGAGGCUGCUAGGAAGCGGCGCGAUGAGCUCCAAGCUUCGAUCCGGGCCCGGCGAGAGGCGAUCGCACUGGGGCGACAGUUGCAAGAAAACGCGCUAGCUGACGUAGAGAACGCAACGGAGCAGCUUUCAGCUUCUCAGCACAUUGUGGCAAAAACCAAGGAGAAUAUACACGGACAGCGCCGCCGCAUCUGCGAGGACCUGAUCCGGAUAUUCCCCAUCACCGACUCGCCCUCCGGACAGCCGCUGUCGUUCCAAAUAUGCGGCGUCACCCUCCCGAACACGACUUACGAUCCGGCCCUUGCGCCGAAGAGCAGCCGAAGUAGCUUCUUGGGUGGUGGUGGCAGCUCGGCGGCGCCACCGAGCGAGGACGCGCUCUCGGCGGGACUUGGAUAUGUCGCGCAGCUGGUGAACGCGCUACAGUCGUACCUAGGCGUCGCACUCCCCUACCCUGUCUCGCCCUAUGCGUCGCGGUCCAGCAUCCGUGACGACAUCAGCAUGCUGCCAGAUCCGCAGCGCGAUUUCCCGCUCUAUGUGCCGCGCGGCGGUUCGAGCGCGCAGUACCGAUUCGACUACGGCUGGUUCCUCCUCAACAAGGACAUCGAGGUACUCUGUACUUCCCAGGGCAUCCGCGUGGUCGACAUCCGGCACACGCUACCCAACCUCAGAUAUCUGCUCUACGUGGCGACCGCGGGCAAGGACGAGCUGCCGGAGCGCAAGAAGGGCGGCAUAAUGGGUCUCUGGCACGGCCGGCUCCUCUCGCGCGGAGGCUUCGUUCCGGGGGCGGACGCCUUCUCGGACGAGGCUAGCAGCACGGGCGGCAGCCGGCGGGGCAGCGCCGACAGCGAGGCUGUGAUUCGCCAACGGGACGAGCUGCGGAGGGCAAUGAAGGGCGAGAACGGCCGGGGCCUCGCCGGAGGAGAGACGGCCCCGUCCGGCGACGACUCCAAAUUCAACCCGGGAGAACCUCCCAAGGCACUGCAGUUUGACGACCAAGGGACCAGCCUGAUGCUACGCACAAAGGGUCUCCGAGGGGAUUCUACAAAGUGA